UUCUUGUUAAUAAUUAUCACAGAUUGUUGAUGCCCAUAAGGAACCUGUAACUUGUUCAUUUAUUGCUCUUUGUUUCUUCUUCUUUCAUUUCUUCAUCUUCUGUUAUUCAUUUCUCUAUAUAAACCAACUACUAUUCUUCAUUAUUUCAUCAAGAGUUUUUCAUAUCAAAAAGAAAAUGAAGAGCUUUCUACUUGUUGCUUUCUCGUUGGUUUUGAUUCUGGGAAUUGUUGAGAGUUUCGAUUUCCAUGAAAAGGAUUUAGCAUCUGAUGAAAGUUUAUGGGGUUUGUACGAGAGGUGGAGGAGCCACCACACUGUUUCUACCAGUCUUCAUGAGAAACACAGGAGAUUCAAUGUGUUUAAACACAAUGUCAUGCAUGUUCAUAACACUAACAAGCUUGAUAAGCCUUACAAGUUGAAACUUAACAAGUUUGCAGAUUUGACUAGCCAUGAAUUCAGAAACUCGUAUGCCGGAUCAAAGAUUAAACAUCAUCGGAUGUUUCGAGGGACACCAGAAGGAAAUGUCAGCUUCAUGUAUGAAAAUGUGGAUAGAGUCCCACCGUCUGUUGACUGGAGAAAGAAAGGCGCCGUCACUGGUGUUAAGGACCAAGGCCAAUGUGGUAGUUGCUGGGCAUUUUCAACUGUAGUCGCAGUUGAAGGUAUUAAUCAAAUUAAGACAAACAAGUUAGUAUCUUUGUCAGAGCAAGAGUUGGUGGACUGUGACACUGAACAGGAUCAAGGAUGCGAUGGAGGGUUAAUGGAUUAUGCAUUCGAGUUCAUUAAGCAAAAGGGAGGCCUAACAACUGAGGCUAACUAUCCUUAUGAAGCUGAAGAUGGAACUUGUGAUUCUAAAAAGGAGAAUUCACCUGCAGUCUCCAUUGAUGGGUAUGAGAAAGUUCCAGAAAAUGAUGAGAAUGCGUUGCUCAAAGCAGUUGCAAACCAGCCUGUAUCUGUUGCCAUUGAUGCUGGAGGUUCAGAUUUCCAGUUCUACUCAGAGGGCGUAUUUACUGGAAGCUGCGGAACAGAGCUGGAUCAUGGAGUGGCAAUUGUGGGUUAUGGAACAACACUUGAUGGAACCAAAUAUUGGAUUGUGAAGAAUUCUUGGGGAGAAGAAUGGGGAGAGAAAGGUUAUAUAAGAAUGAAACGUGGAAUCUCAGAGAAAGAAGGACUGUGUGGUAUAGCAAUGGAGGCUUCAUAUCCUAUCAAAAACUCCUCAAAUAAUCCUACAGGAACCAAAUCUUCUCCCAAAGAUGAACUCUAAAAACGACAUGCUGCUGCAAUGGGCUCGCUGAUAUGUUAGCUUGGCUAUCAGUUUCAAUUAACAACAAACUCACAGAUUCAAUAAUGUUGUAUCAGUGAUUCAACACCUUGUUUCCUGUUUCAAAAUUAAUAAAAUCAUUGAAGAUUGUCUCUUUUGCAAAUAA